UUUUUAUUAAAAAAUAUGCAAUCAAACCAAGUUUAAGGAAUGACGCGAUGUUGCAGAAUAGCACUCCUCGUGGCAGAAUGAACUCCGCGAACUAUGUUGUCAUCUGUCAAAUUUGGCCUUCAAUUCGCUGGUGAUCCUGGGGAAUUAAUGCAAUUUCCAAAAGGUUUUGCAAUGUAUGAGUGAAGUGUUCAAUGAAUUCAAUGCUGUGACAAACGAAUAAAGUUAUUCCCGUGUUAAAAUGACAUCGAGGAGUAAGAAUGCUGUGCGGGUCUACGAAACAGAGAUCGAGAAGAGCCGUGCGGAGUCUAAUUGGAAGAAGGCAGUGGACUUGGCUCAGCAAUUGAAGGCCAGAUCUCCUCAGCAUGAAAGCCUCGCCCACUUCCUCAUAGGGGAGGGCAAAUUAGAAGCACACCUCGAGGAAUGGCCACCCAGCAAGGAAAACAUAGAAAGAGCUCAGAGAGAGCUGUCAGAGGCUCGAGGCUACCUCACCUUAGCUACUGAUGAAGCAGGCAAGAGCGCUGGAGUGGCAUUGGAUGCACACCUACUGCUCGGCAAGCUCAACUAUGCUUGCGGAGCAUAUGAUGAUGCUUUGAAAAAUUACAAACUAGCCGAGCUGAACACACUGACGGAAAAAGAGUUACCUGUACGGAGUCUCCGCAUCGUGGCGGAGUCGUACGCCAUCAAGGGGCUAUGUCUGGAACAGAACACCGUGCCCGGCUCCACCAGCCGGUACAAGCAGGCCGAGAGGGAGUCGGAAAUGAUCCGCAGUUUCGAGCUCUCCUCAGACCUGACCCUGCUAUACCUGCAACGGACCGGUGCCCAGGCCCGCGCCGGGCCCACACUGGAGACUGCGCUACAGAGGGUGCCCAUACUACACAUCCGCGCCGGCAGGCUGCAGAAUGCUAUCGACAGGUAUCGAGAGAUGCUGAACGCGGUGGAGUCGAUAUCGACGCAGGCGCUGCGGCUGACGCUGACCAGACAACUCGCUGAGGUGCUCAUGAGGGGCGUUACUGGACAGGUGUACAAGGCCCCCGAGAAGCUGGCGGCCGUGCCCCCGCAGGGCACGCUGACGAGGCGGCGGGAGGACUACGUCUCCGACGGACCCUGGAAACCAAAGAAAUAUGCCGCCCUCAAUCAGUUCGUCCCCCGCUGCGAGUACGAGGAGGUGGUGCUGCUGCUGCUGGUGGGCGAGGCCAUGGCGGUGCGGGACGCCGUGCUGUCCCAGUCGCACGAGUUCGAGGCGGCGCGGGCGCACGCGCUGCGGAACGCCGUCGCCGUCAUGGACCUGCUGGCGCUGGCCGCCACGCGCUGGGGACAGCUCUGUCUACUGCUGGAGUCCUUGGAGCGGGCCAUGAAGUUCUCCUUCGGCUGCGCACAUGUAUGGCGGCAGAGGGCGCUGGCCACCGCCGCCGCCGGGCCCGGACAUGCCCGGCCCGCGCCUGUCAUACAGCCCGACCAUAUACCGCACGGCAGUCCGAUGUGGAGCAGCGGAGUGCGUGCGGCGGGCGUGUCGCGUCGCGCGGCCCCGCUGCUGCCGGGCGACGCGCCGCUGCGACUCGUCGCCGCCAACACAUGCUACCGGAUGGGAUGGAUAGAGGAAGGCAUAGAGAUGGCGGAAGAAGCGCUGUCGAUAGAAGAGGAGCGGCAGGGGCCCAUGUUGGCGCGCUGCUGUCUGUACGCCGGCAUCGGACACCAGAUGAAGGCACAGAAAACGAACGCGCGUAUAGACAAGGAGGCGGCGAACGAGGCGUCGCUGAAGUUGUUGGUCCGCGCGGCCCAGCUGGACAACAACGACCACCUCGCCUUCUACUACCUCGCGCUGCAGUACAUGCAUCUCGGCAUGCUCAACGAGGCCAUGGACGCGACCCGGUCGUGCCUGUGGUCGCGCGCGGAGUGCGGCGGCGGGCUGCGUCUGGCGGCGGCGCUGUGGUCGUGCGCGUGCGCCGGCUCCCGCGGCCAGCGCGCGCUGCACGCCGCGCGGCUCGCGCGCGACCACUACCCCGCCGCCACCUGGCCGCUCGCCGCGCUGGCGCAGCUGCAGCUCAUCUGGGAGACGCCAGAGGAAGCACUAGCGACGGGCAAGGAGCUGCUAACACUAGUGAACAGCGCCGAGUCGGAGCUGGAGCCCGAGCACAACGGGUACGUGGAGCUGGACGCCAUGUCCGACUCGCAGCACGACGACACGCAGAGCAAUCGGGAUGCUGCGUCCCUGCGCGCGGAGUCGGCGGGCGUGUACCGGCUGGAGCGCGCGCUGUCGGAGGGCGCGUCCUCCGUGUCGGGCCGGCCCCGCGCGCACCCGCACGCAGACCUCCGGGCGCACGCCUGGCUGCUACUGGCGCAGCUCUGUCUCCGGUUAGGGCGAGUGAGUGCGGCGGCGGGCUGUGUGUCUGAAGCGGCCACGCUUACGCCCUUCAGCCAUCUUGUAUUAUAUACGCGCGGGCUAGUGCACGCGGCGAGUCAGGAGUGGGACGAGGCGCGGCAGUGCUUCCAGAAUGCACUAGCGAUACAUCCCACACAUCUAGACAGUAUGGUGCAAUUAGGCGCGGCGUACUACUCGCUGGGCUGGCUGGGGCUGGCGGAGAAGUGCCUGCGCGGCGCGGCGGCGCUGGAGCCGGGGCGCGCCGACACGUGGCGGCGCCUGGCGCUGGUGCUGCAGGCGGCGGGCGAGCCGCUGGCCGCCGCCGACGCCGCCGCCGCCGCGCUCGCGCUGCACCCCAACGACCCCGCGCUGCCGCUGCCGCUCUGAUAGACCUUCUACCCACCUCCACACAUGUCUAUCUCAGUUCUUCAUGACUCCGCUGUCCACCCAUAGCAGUAUGUGAUGAACAUCACGAAGAGUGUACCGAAAAUGCUUUUACAAGUCAUGACGGUAGGUCAGUUACGAGGGACUAAUCAUCAUCUCUGCCUAUUGUAUAAUCUAGAUAAAAAAUGAACCAUGAACAUAGGAACCUAAUACUAUUAUAAAAUAACCACUAUUUGUCAAAUGUCGAAUCAACCUGCACUCAAAAUUAAAUUGAGCUUCCACGAUAUUAUCUAGAUCCCUUCCUUCGAAACAAUAACCUUCUUUAUCCCUUGAAAUACUUAAAUAAUGAAACAUAUUUAUUUUUCUAUUAAAUACUGAAAAUUCCUAAAUUAUUUCAACUCUUCGAAACUAUUUAACACUUAGUAUUAAAAUAAAAGAUUCCUAUAUUAACGAUGGAACUGUGUUACUGCAGUUAUCUCGUUAUCCUUAAAAUGUGUAAAAAUCUAGAUCAAUUAUAGCAAAUUAUUCAAGUCAUAAAACUGCCGUUAAGUACUUAUAGAUAUAAAUCCUAACUUCUUUGUUAAAAUAGGAUAUAAAACCUUUUGUGUUGCGACAACGAAGCGAUAUCAAUCGAAAUGUUAGCUAAAUAUAAUCGAUGUUUACACGAAACAGCACAGCAUACGUGAAUACUCUGGCGGUUGUUAGAAGACAUCAAACCAUUUGCGCAGCGUUGCGCAAGUACUCAAACUUUAGCGCAACUACUGGAAAUUAGUUGUUUAUAACAAUCAAAAUUGUAUGACAUCGAUAAACAGUUACCGCUCAUAAAUAUGAAUGUGAAAGUAAACUCAUUCACGUUCAGUACCUUUAGUAUGAGUUGGUUUUACGUUAAAAGUAAUCGAAAUGAGAGCGCGUUCGGUGCUCUGAUUGGCCGGCGUGAAUGAACCAACCAAUCAGAGCGCCGAACACGCUCUCGUUUCGAUUACUUUAAACGUAAAGCAAACUCGUAUUAAGGAUACAGGAGUCAUUUCAUCAAACUCGGACAAUGUAGGUGUAAUACAAUAACUACGAUGUAACUUUAGACAUAUUGUAGCGAGCUCUGCAAACGUUUUAGAAAGCAUUUUGCCGGUGUAGCUCUGUCGCUAUAGUGGCUCUAGUGGCUAUCCUUACGUACGUUACGACUGACUACUGUACUUAGAUACUCGCCUCGGAAUUGAUGUAGGCACCCGGUUUGUUGUAUACUGUGACUUAUUGCGAUACAAUAAUGUUUAUUUUACUUUGUAUAUUACAUAGUUACCUGUUUCAAUGUGAUUGAGAGGUGUUUAAGUGACAAAGAGUCAUUCGCUCUUUGAUAAUGUCGGACCAGUCAAUCUGAGAUUUGAGUCUGUUGGAUCUCACAACUCAUUAGCUCUAGUAGAGAGCACUAAAUCAAUCAUAUUAAAGAAAAAUGGUAUACAAAGUAAACUGAUAAAUUGGCAUUCAAUACCACAUGUAAAGGCGCAUGCGCUAGUCACAGUGUACACUGAACCAAUCAGUUUCUUUCCUUCAAUGUAGAUAACGAAAACUGGCGAGGGGACGCUUACACAUUAUCCUAUAGACCUGGGUUAAUUACAGGUCUAUUCAUUCAUAGUACUAUAUUAAUAUAACUGCCGUACUUUGAGACACUUAUAAUGAUUACUUAAACUUUUCUUUAGCAACGAUUUUGUUCCGAAUACAAUUGCUAAGGACUGGGUUAAGUGACUAUUAAAAUGACUCUGAGUACGGCGGUAAGUCAGGUCAUCUGAUAUUCAAACAAUCAUGUGUAAAAACAAAUUGUUCAUAACAUCACUGUUUCCUUUGCAUUCACUGAUUGUAUAUAGAUAAACAUUUUCGCCAUAAGUUCCUGAUUACUGUGACAAGAUAUCAUAUAAAGUAUUAUAUUAAAAGAGAAAAAUAUCAAAAUUAUGUAGACAACUGUUCAUAGAGUUAUUCAGAGGUAAGUAUUGUAAAUAUCUGCGCUCCAUAUUUCACAAUUAUAUUAAAUGGUUGUAUUUAUUUUCCCGAAUAAAGUGAUUUAUACAGCGAAGGAGUAAUAACAUAAGACAAUAGCUCGUUGUACACUAGGUAGUGUCGGUCUGUCUGUCUCUCUGUGUUAUUUAAUGUUAAUUAUAAAUACGUUUGUCGUUCGUGUAUUCGUGCUACUUUGUAUUGGCGAUGCAUUCUUACUUAGAGUUUGUAAACAUCAUUCAUUAUACAAAAAGAUUCUUGCCUCGAUUAAUUAAUAAAUAUGCGGAAAGAUGACACGUUCUAUUUCUUGUAAUGUUUAUUUAUUAAUAUUAAAUGUUGUAAAGAUAAAUGAGUGAAUAUUCAGUGAUGUUUAAAUCCUCUAAGUGUGUCGAGUCCCGUCCAGUGGUUUCAAACAUUUUGAUUGCGACUUGCGUGUAUGUUUGUAUAUAGUUUCGCGGAGGUAUCGGUUUGGUUCGUUCCUACGUGUAUCACAAGUAUCGUGUAAUUUAUUGUAGCUAAACUAUUGUUAACAUUUGGAAACGUUAUAUUGUGUCGCUGUCAUGUAAUUGUGAUUUAGUAAAUUCAAUUAUUUAUUGUAAAUUAAGACCAAUUAUGGAAAUAUUUAUGUAAUUUUAAUAUCCUCAUUGAUAGCUGCGUGGCGUGUGUAGCAACAUGUUGCGCUACGUGUUGCUGUGUCCGCAGAUAUUCGCCUCAUCUUCCAUUGCCUCAUUAGCUAGGUCGUUCAUCGCCAUAUUUAAGUGUAUUGAGUAUAUACUAUAUAAGCUGGGGUUGCGCAUAUCAGUACGAAUACGAUACGUUAUAAUAUAUGUUACGUUAGUACGCAGUUAGAUUUAUUUCAUUGUUGCUAGUCUACGACACGAGUUGCGCGUAUCGUUGCUUUGUUGCGGCUCUACGCAGUGUAAAUGUUGCAUACCUCGAUAUUACAAUCAAAGACAUGAAAGAUUGUCGAACUUACAAUGCAAUGUUAUAAUCACAAAAGAUUACUAGAAACUUAGCACUUGGUAAUUUUUAUAAUUAUGCACCAUUUACACUGUGUAUGGUAAAAGGUUCUAUAGUUAAGUGGCGCGGGUAAGAAAUUAUGUAGCUGUCGGGUGUUUGUGGUGAGAGAAUGGUGACGGUCUGCCGGUAGAGGGCGCGGUGAUCUUCCAAGGGGUGGGUGUAGUUAGUUACUUAGUGAUCGGUGCGAAUCAUACUUUGUUUCUUAAGGCUCGAGCAGACCGUAUGCGUACACGUUUAUAAAAAACCAGUUUAAACUGACUGUAGAGUGUGCAGAAAGAUUGUGCGAAGCGAAAUCACGACAUGGCAAGCGGUUUUGUAUGGUUUGACGUGUAGCCUGCUAGCCAUGUAGGUAUGUAGUAAAACGAGGUGAAUAGAAUUCAAAGGGUGAAUAGACACAGGAGUGGGGUGAAUAGAAGUUAGGACAUUUUCCUGACGUUUAUUCACCCCUCUUCUGUAUCUAUUCACCCCUCGCAUUCUAUUCACCCCGUUUUACGGUACUCAUCCGAUCUGCGCGAGCGUUUUAGUAUACUAAAUUGAAUUUACAAAGACAAUAUGGACUUAUAUCUCGAUAAAUGGUGAAUGUGAAAUAAGUCUGUGUGUAUUAUCGACUUAUUUACUGACUAUGUACCUGGUAUAGAAGAAUGAUUAUUAUGAGAGUUAUUUUAGCUGAACUUUGCGAAAAAUAAGAGAUUUAAAACUUUAUUCGGAGCUUCUUGUUUGUUUAAUAUUUUUUGCAAUAUGUAAUUUGUAUUAUUUUGUAUCACAUGAUUUGUGAUCGAGGAACACUUUUCGCACCGAUAUAAGAAUAUAGUUGUAAUGAUAUUAAUAGUUCAUAGACCACACGACUUUAUUUUACAUAAUUAUGUGUAAAGACGACUUAUAUAUUUUUAAAAUUCAUUUAUUUGAAUCUGAGAGACGGGGCUUAGUACGAGUUUGUUUUAUAUUUAACGAGAUCGAAACGUUACCGCGUUCGGCGCUCUGAUUGGUAGGCUGGAAUGAAGCAACUAAUCAGAGCGACGAACGCGGAACGCGGUCUCGUGAGAUUUAAAACAAAUUGAUACUAAACCCUCAGAUUACAUCAAAUAAAACAAUAACUCAAGUUAUAGUAUAUUUUUGUAUAUACCAUGUAUUAGAAUAUUGCAAUUCUGCAAUUGGUUAUACCACAUCAGACAGAUUGAUUGAUUUAAUGAAAUGUCAUUAAUAUAAUCUGUGGUCGUCUUGUACUUGUGAUUCAAACAGGCAAUAAUUUGUGUUGCGUCGUAUCAAUAGAGUAUAAAAUAGAUAAAGUAUAAUUGUAAAUGUACGGUGUACCCGAGGUAGAGCAUUGGAUGUGCCAAUGUUUGUCUUAUUACUACUCUAACGUUUUAAUCAUAUAUUUUUAUAGUGUCCAUAUAAUUAUGUGUUACGGAACUAAUGUAGUGUCACUUGGAUACGGUGUAGGUAGCAGGUCAAUUGUUCUCGUUUCUCAAGUAAUUAUUACAGUAUUUAUUUUUCUAUAUUGUUAUGUGUAAUUAUCAUAGCGCAUAGUACAGGUGCCAGCACAUCAAGAUACUAUGUUCAGUCUUAAUCGAUUUUCAACCUUAUGUGAAUGUAUAAAGGUUGAAAAUCAAUUAAUGUUAAUUGUGUUUUGGGUAACUUGUUCUGGCAUCUGUAUGUAAAUACAGGUAAAUGUUCUUUCCUCACGUUUUAUGUUUUCUUACAAACUAGCGUGUUAUCUAUUACAGCGUAUUUCCUAGGAGUUUAUUUUCUCUAUGUUGCCUUAUAUACUGUUUUCCGAUAUAUAAUUAUGUAAUACGUUAAACGGUGCUCGUAUCACUUUGGUUGUGUUCACUCUGUACAGUCGACUUCACAAGUGUUAUAUAUCUUUAUCAAUCUGUUAUAUUAUAACUCCAUUUUAAAAUGUUUCUGGACAGUCGCCACAAAUCAUUAUCAUUAUCCAAUUUUUUUUUUAUAAAAAAGCAAAUGCAUCUACACUUGAGAGCA